AUGACAGAAGUACAGUUGCAAGAGUUUAAACUAGAGCCAGAUUCGGAACUUCGUUUUGAAGUCGAAUCCAAAAAUGAAAAAGUUGUACUAGAGGUUAAAAGCGGUUACGCUGAGCUGUUUGGCACAGAACUUGUUAAGGGGAAACCGUACGAAUUCCACACAGGUGCUAAGGUAGCAGUGUUUACGUGGCACGGCUGCACUGUUGAGCUUAGAGGUAGAACUGAAGUCAGUUAUGUGGCUAAGGAAACACCAAUGGUAAUUUACCUAAAUGUACAUGCAGCUUUAGAACAACAACGUGUUGCAGCCGAGCAGGAGAACACACGGGGGCCGGUGACCAUGAUAGUUGGUCCAGGAGAUGUUGGCAAAUCUACCCUCACACGGUUACUGCUCAACUAUGCAGUGAGAAUGGGCAGAAGACCUAUAUAUGUUGAUCUGGAUGUUGGCCAAGGCCACAUCAGUGUGCCUGGAACUAUUGGUGCAUUACUUGUUGAACGACCAGCGUCUAUUGAGGAAGGAUUUAGUCAGCAAGCACCACUAGUAUAUCACUUUGGCCACAAGUCCCCAGAAGAAAAUAUUGAGUUGUACAAUACAAUAGUUUCCAGAUUAGCAGAGGUCAUUGCGGAGAGAUGUGAGAAUAACAGAAAAGCGUCAACAUCCGGCGUCAUAAUAAACACAUGUGGUUGGAUCAAAGGCGCAGGUUAUAAAGUCCUCACACAUGCAGCGCAAGCUUUUGAGGUAGAUGUGAUAUUAGUAUUAGAUAACGAGAGACUUUACAAUGAACUAAAAAGAGAUAUGCCAAAGUUUGUGAAAGUUGUCUACUUACCGAAGAGUGGUGGGGUGGCGGAGCGGUCGGCGGCGCAGCGCGCGGAGGGCCGCGACGCGCGCAUCCGCGAGUACUUCUACGGGCGCCGCACGCCCUACUACCCGCACUCCUUCGACGUCAAGUACUCCGACCUCAAGAUAUACAAGGUGGGCGCGCCGUCGCUGCCGGACUCGUGCAUGCCGCUGGGCAUGCGCGCGGCCGAGGCGCUCACCAAGCUGGUGGGCGUGGCGCCCGCGCCCGCGCUGCAGCACCGCCUGCUGGCCGUCUCCUUCGCGCACGAGCCCGACGACCACGUGCCGCACUGCAACCUCGCCGGCUUCGUCUGCGUGACGGCAGUGGACCCUGAGAGGCAGGUGAUGACGAUCCUGUCUCCGCAGCCUCGGCCGCUACCCAACACUGUGCUGCUGCUCUCCGAGCUCCAGUACAUGGACAAUCACUAG